ACUGAGAAAAGAUAAGAUCGAGUAGCUAAACAGACAACAGACCCAAACUGAUCAAGCAGCGAGCAUGGCUACCACAACCAUAGCUCGUCGUCUCUCCACCGCGCUCCUGGCGCUCGCGGCCAUCCUUCCCGUUGCUCUUGCCACCUUCCCCCACCGCGCGCUCCUCCAGUCCUGCCAGCCCAACGGCUCCAUCCGCGGCAAGUCCGGCAGCUGCAACCCUGACAACGACUCCGAGUGCUGUGAGGACGGGAAGCGCUACACGACGUUCGCCUGCUCGCCGCCGGUGACGGCCCGCACCCGCGCCACGCUCACGCUCAACAGCUUCGAGAAGGGGAGGGACGGCGGCGGCGCGUCCAGCUGCACAGGCACGUUCUUCGACGACGACGUGAAGGUGGUGGCGCUGUCCACGGGGUGGUUCAACAAAGGGAAGCGGUGCAAGAAUAGCAUCGUGAUCAGGGCGAGCAACGGCAGGUCCGUGACGGCCAUGGUCGUAGACGAGUGCGACUCUCUCCACGGCUGCGACAAUGACCACAACUUCGAGCCCCCGUGCGCCAGCAACAUCGUAGAUGGGUCCCCGGCAGUGUGGAAGGCGCUCGGGCUCAACACCGACGAUGGGGAGGUGCCCAUCACCUGGUCCGAGGCGUGACGACGAACGAAUUUGUUGCAGCAAAACACGGAUAGAUGGACACUCGCUUUUUGGUCGCCGCCUACUUUCUAUAUAAUAACACAGUUGUCGUUGUCAUCGUCAUUCGUAGUACACCGUACGUAGCACUAUAUAUACGUCUGCGUACGACGUUCUAUAGGAAUAAGCUUAUUCAUACAUGUA